UCUGUCAACAAAGUUUUCCCCUUUCUCCCCCGUGGCUUCGCUAGCUCGCUUCCUCUCGUCUCCUCUUCAGCCUCGAGCAGCACCGUGCGCGCGCGCGGCGGGAUGGCGUGUGCGGCCUCACCCAGCCCUCUCCCCGUGGCCACCCUCCCCGCUCGCCGCCGCAGCACGACUGCUGCCGUGCCCGCCUGCCACUACUACCCCCCGUCGUCGCGGCUCCCAAGGCGUUCGUGGCUCCUCUCUGGAAACGCGCCCGGCGCUCGGCUGCGGGCUAAGGCCGACCCGGUCGAGGAGAGCCUCGCCGCCGCGCCGGCGCCGGCGCCGACCGCCCCGUCGGAACCCCUGCCCCGACCACAAACCAGCACGUGGAACUGGAAGGGCUACAACAUUCGCUACCAGUACGCUGGAACGGCUGGCCCUGCAUUAGUUCUAAUUCACGGUUUCGGGGCCAACAGUGACCAUUGGCGGAAAAAUAUUUCUGUUCUUGCCAUGGAAAAUAGAGUUUAUGCAAUUGAUCUAAUUGGUUAUGGCUAUUCUGAUAAGCCUAAUCCACGUGAGUUUGAAGAGAGCUUUUAUACUUUUGAGACUUGGGGAGAACAGUUGAACACGUUUUGUGCUGAAGUUGUCAAGACUGAUGCUUUCUUCAUAUGCAAUUCAAUCGGAGGGCUCGUUGGUCUGCAGGCCGCUGUUAUGCAACCUCAAACUUGUAAGGGUAUUGUUUUAUUGGAUAUUUCACUAAGGAUGCUUCAUAUUAGCAAGCAGCCAUGGUAUGGAAAGCCUUUCAUCAGAUCAUUUCAAAAUCUCCUAAGGAACACUGUUGUUGGAAAGCUCUUCUUUAAUUCUGUUGCAACACCAGAAUCCGUGAAAAAUAUUCUUUCUCAGUGCUACCAUGACACAUCCGCUGUCACAGAUGAGCUGGUUCAGUUUAUUCUGCAGCCAGGGCUUGACCCUGGGGCAGUGGAUGUAUUCCUUGAGUUCAUCUGCUACUCUGGAGGUCCUCUACCUGAGGAUCUACUUCCCAUGGUGAAGUGUCCUGUUUUAGUAGCUUGGGGGGAGAAGGAUCCGUGGGAGCCUGUGGAGCUUGGAAGAGCCUAUGGGUCUUUUGAUGCUGUUGAAGAUUUUAUCGUCUUGCCAAAUGUUGGACACUGCCCACAGGAUGAGGCACCUCAGCUUGUUAAUCCACUUGUCGAAUCAUUUGUUAAACUCCAUAGUUAGCACAUGGUUGGAUUGUUUUCUAUGUUUAUUAGACCUUGGUCAACUGGAGCCAAGAGUUGCUGGAAGGUGGGAAUGUCGAUUUUAUUGCAGGAUAACAGAUGUGCCGUUCUUUUAUAGGGCAUGAUAGGUAUCUUCACCACAAAUACUUUAUGUUAAAUUCAGAGUCGAAAUGCAGUAUUGCCUGUUUUCUACGGACUAAAAUAUUCGAUUUAUCUCUGGAGUACUUCAAUUUGAGGACUGGUGGCAAACACAUUCAACAUAUAUUACAGUUCAGGGGUUAGUACAAGCAGCACGUGUGUUUUUUUAAUUCUGGUGGAGGUACAAUGGAAGUGAAGCAAAUCAUAUGUAUAUAAUUUUCGUCCCUGUCCCUAUAGUAGACAUGUAGACAUGACAUUAAUGUUCAUAGCCUGCCCACUUGAUUCAAAGCUUUGACAAUUUGUGUAAUAUAGAAAUGAUGUAAAACCAUGCAAUAGCUUCGACAUAAUUUUCUUACGAAAAAAGGAUAUAUUGUAUAA